UAGUCGAAGGUUGGCGAAUUCUCAAGUGGAGUCUAGAGAGUUCUCGCGAGACAGUUGAGUUUUCCUGAAGGUUCAGAAGUUUUUCUGAGGUGGAGUAUAAGUAUGGACGACGAUGAAAUGCUUUAUCAGAAUCUCCGUGAAGCUUCGCUACAUAGACCAGUAACCGUAAGGGAUCCACUUCCUCCCGGUUGGGAGAUGUUAAUAGAUCAGCAAACGAACUGUCCAUUUUUUGUCGAUCACAAUACAGAAAGUACAUCGUGGAAAGAUCCACGCAUAUUCAAGACAAUGCAUAGAGGUAUGGGAAGUAUAUUUGAUGAACCACUGUCUGACAAGUUCCAUUGGCACAACAGACCAAUCACUAGAGGAAAGAAUUAUAGGAGCCCAAAAUCAAGUCCUGUGGUUCAACGACGACAUGUUAGCACAAAAUCUCCGUCAAUUUUCAAUAAUGAAAAGCGGGCUCCUCUCAGGGUAGAGAGCCCAGAGUUACGCAGACAAGGGAUGGUGCUGGAUGACGUUGGAUUCAGCAUGCCUUUGCAACAUAAUGGUAAUCAUGACUAUCAUAAUCAACAUGAAAGCGGGCUAUCUGCUGAAGAUUUUACCAACAACUUGCAUCUGGAAAAGAUACAUCAGCAGCAUAAAUCAAGUCCAAAAUCAAAGCAAAGGAAUCAUGAGCUCGAUGACGAACACUCUGCACAUUACGUGAACCAUCAGUUUAAUGAUCACAACGGUCCUAUUUUCCCUGAGGUUGAAGAAAGUUAUAGGCAGAGCACAAGAAAUGGUCGCAGUAAAAAUUCCUCUCCUCUUUCGUCAAGGGAAUUACGCAGUGGGGCACUUCAUGUUCCGAAACGUCCUCCAAUAGAUACCAAUGAUUUGUAUGUGAAUGGAUUUUCUGCAUCAAAAAAGGAGAAACAGACAACACCAGAGCCCAUGUCACCAAUAUCUCCAGAAAGACUGUCUUUCUUUUCAUCUGCGCAUCUGCCUCCAAAUCCCAAAAAUAUACCUAUUGAAAUACGCAGUCCAAAAUCUCAGCGUAGUAAGAAUCAAACAUUUGUUUCAACUGCUGAAGUUCCAAGAAGUGACGGACAAACAUUUACAGAGCCUCGCAGUCCAAGAUCAAAGCGUUCCAAUUCACCACGACUUCCAAAAAAUGACAGUACCAAUGGCCAGGUGAAUGACAAUUCGCGUUCUGAUUUGAAGGACACACCCCCAAAUCUCAUUUAUAUCCGGCAGAUUCAUAAGGAGGCCGAAAGUUUAGGCCAAAAAGUGGUUGGUUUUAGCGGGAAUAAAAAAGACAAAGAAUAUCUUGUGUUAGAGGAGAUGCUGAUGAGAAAACUUCUAGAAUUGGACAAGAUUGAAACUCAUGGAGAUAAUGACAUUAGAUCGGCGAGGAAAAAAGCUGUCCACACAAUACAGCAAUAUCUAGAAUUACUUGAAUCAAAAGUGAAGACCUAAUGAAUUAACUGCAGUAAAUUUUAUGGAAAGUAUUUUUUUUAAUAAUUAAGCUAAUUGCAUUUUAUUCAUUUGAUAUGAUAAAUGCAGACAGUAUAAUUUCAAGAUGAGUUUUAUCAUGGAGGAAAAAAAUCCUCCAUGGUUUUAUUAUAUACAGUACAGUACUUGCACUAACACAGUAACUAAAGUUGUUGUAGGCACAAUUUAUUGCAGUACCACUUCAAUACAAUGGUUUCAUGUCACAAAUUGCAGUUAAUGAUUUUUCAAAAAAGAUUCAUACAAUAGAGAUGUGCAUUUUGGCAUUUGUGUGAUUCCUGACAAAAUUGUUUUCUCAGAUAAUUUGUAGCAUAUUAAUAUUUGAAAUGUGUGUAGGCAUUAAGUAUCUGAGGACCAUGUUAACCCUACUUUUUAUGUUAUGUUCCAUAUCUUCUCACGUAUAAAUCAAGGCUAAAAAUAGCAAAUUACAAUCGAAAAACAGAGGGUUAUCUUAUAUGCGCAACAUACACAUUUUUUUUUUUUAGUCAUGUUUGUCUUACAGACAGUAUGUACAGAUCUCCGUAACUAUUACAGAAAUGAAGCUACUAACUGUUAGUAAGGAUGAAUGCAAUUUAAAAACAUAUAAAAGCCCAUAAGAUUAAUAGUAUUAUUUGGAAGAUUAACCCAACAUUUGGCUCUAGUUUAUAUCCAGCUAGAUGCAGUAUCAAGACCAUAAAAAGCAGUAAAACUCCAAUGGUGAAACGGGAAAGGGGGUGGGGGGGCCAUCUUUAUGCCUGACAUGCAAAAAUCUCAAACUCGGGGGUCGUCUUAUAUGCGAGAAUUUAAGGUAAACUAUACAGAUUGGCUUCUGUAUGUGGUUGGGGAGGGGGGUAUUGUACUGUGGAGAAUGUAAUAUAUCUUCCUGCAGUUGUGUUUUAAUAUUGUUGUUACUGGUUAGCAACAUUAUAUUAUAAAAAUUAUUUUAAAAAAUAGUAUUCUUUUUGGGUAUCGUUUUUCUCUGACUGAAUUAUGGCCAUUUUAAUAUUAAUAAAUAUUAUUUAUUUUGCAAUAGAAUAUUAUUGAUGAUGUGGUUAAUAUAUUUCAGGUGUAACAACAUGGUGUUAUUGUUUCUGUGUGU